AUGUCUAAAAAGCUAAUUUUAGAAAAAAUUAUCCUAUAAAAUGUAAAAUAACUAAUUAAAGAAAGAUGUGCAUUACUGGGCUAUGUACCAAACGAAAUACCAAAAGGAACGUUCGAUUAAAAUUAAAAUUAUUAGAUUAAAAUAGCAGGAGAUUAUACUUUACUGAGAGAAACAGCGAUUUGGAGAGAAUUGACAGAAAGUAGUAGGUUCAAAGAGUUAGAUAUUACUCAAGUUGAACUAGAAAUAAUACUUUAUAGAUUUAUUAAAGAGUUUUGUGCUGGUAAUGAAUAAGAGAUGAAGGAAAUCGCAAACAGAAUUUCAAAAAAUAAAAAAAUAUUAACAAAUGUAGACAAUAGUAUUUCUGAUUUGGCUUCUUAACUUCUUUUAAUAUGA